CGUUAUUGAUUUGUUGGAACUACUCAAUGUCGUCAUUUCUUCGUAGGAACCUCCACAUCCAGUCUAUCACGCAGACGACGUGCGCAACAUUUGGGUCAGCCAAAGCCCGGGGGGGCGCGCGCGUUUGCUUUUCGCCGCCAGAGUGCCUCAGUCGACGAACGGUGUCGUUCUGUUUUUUUCACAGUGCGCCGUCGUGGCGAACAGCUGUUUUCGUGGAAAUAACACUGUUGGCUGUCUGCCAUCGACGUCCCCACCAUAAAUAAUUGCCAAGCAACUGUAACUGCGUAGCACCGCUGGUUCGUCGUCGUCCGUCAAUCGAUGUCAUUAUCUCGAAGGAACACGGAUCCGUUGCCUGCUUCAGUGUCAGUGUGCCCAUUCUCAAUACGGACGCCGCCGCCUUCGGUCAGUUCGGUUUGCCCGCCUGCCGCCGCCGUCGUCGUCGUUUCAUCAGUCGCUCUGCGCGUGCGCCUCGAUUCCAUACGACGACAAUAGCGACAUUCACACCGGAGUCCAGUGGUCGCAGUUGGUAGCUGUGUCCGCACACGCUCGCUCGACGACCCAUCGUUGUCUUGCCCUCACUUACGAGUUAUUCUCUCUCGACGGGGGCGUUUGUCAGCACGUCCUGUCAUUGUGUUAGCUGCCGACAGUGGCAGCUACCACCCCCACCCGCCAUUACAACAUCCGAUCAUCUGUUUACCCUUACUAGUUACCUGAACAAUACCACAAGAGCGAGUCGACUACAAAUAAUAUUCUUGAUUUGAAACAUUGAUAUUGUUUGUUGCUGACCGUACGCGUCUUCCAGACGCCUUUAAUCAUCUCUAUAAGCCAUGGACGAAGAUAUGGACUGCCCACAUAUCGUCGACGCGGCCGAGAAACUAAAGUUGGAUGUGGAACAGAUCAGAGCUACACUCAACAACAGGAGUUGCAAUGUUUGCUUACGAGUAGAUCAAUUAUGGAUGUGCAUGGAGUGUCGACAAAUUCUUUGUGGACAUAAUGCUGCAGGACACAGUACUGCACAUUAUGAAUUCCACAAAACUCAUUGCAUAUUUAUAAAUAUAGAGUCUGCUGCUAUAUUCUGUUUCAAGUGUAAUUCUGAUAUCGAACCAAAAAACCAUGAUGAUGAACUUAACCGUCUUCGGCAAUUUAUUUUGUAUAAUCGUGGACCGAUUGCAAAUAAUAGUAACAAAAAAAUAAGACGGAGAAAAGCACCUAAAGCUGCUAAGCCAAAAAAGAAUAGUUUUAAACGAGGUCCUAGAGCUAAUAAAAAAGUCAUUAAACCUAAUGAAAAUGACUGUCUUAUGAAUUCAGUUUCCCAGAUUCUUAGUGAACAAGAACCUCAAGCUGUUAACGAAACAGCUAACGAUCCAAAACAAGCACUUAAAACUGUCGUACCAAAAAAAGCACUCAAAGCUAAACCUAAAAAACCACUCUUUAAAAGAGGUCCUAGAACUAAUAAAAAAGUUGGUAUAUCUAAUAGUGGAAACAAUUGCUUUAUGAACGCGGUUUGGCAAUCGCUUCGCCAUCUAAAACCAUUUAUAUAUUGUAUGAAAUUGUUCGAACUUGCUGAAAUAUGCAAUCAAAAUAAUAAUAAUAAUUCAGAUCCAAGGUUGCAACAUAGUAUAGCCCAAGAAUUGUGGAAACUAUUGAUGACAUUAGUUGAAUGGCAAAAACCCGCAAGCUAUAAAUUUAGAGAAGCAAUUUCACCAACUGCUCUUCUCUCUAUUGUCUGCAAAAUUAAACCUCGCUACAAAGGAUAUCAUCAACAUGAUGCUCAUGAAUUUUUGAUGUUUACAUUGGAUACUUUACAUUCCGAGUUGAAAGAUGAAAAAAAAAAAUUGUUGUUAGAGGAGGGAAUAACAAAUCAAAAUCCUAAUAAAAUUGAUACACUUGUGUCCAUGAUGUUUCGUGGGUUUUUAUUAAGUGAGGUAUGCUGUUUAAAAUGUAAUGAACCUUCCAGAACAAGAGAUCCAUUCACAGAUAUGUCACUAGAUGUUCCAGAUUAUAAAAAUGCUGACCCAUCGGUGAUUCGACCAGUUGAUCUUUUAACUGAUUGUUUGGCACGUUAUUUUGAGAUAGAAGAAUUAAAUGAAAGAAAUUUUUACUACUGUGAUAAGUGUCAAAGCCUACAAAAAUCUACUAAGAGAUUUUGGCUUAACGCUUUGCCUAAUGUGUUAUGUCUCCAUCUUAAACGGUUUAGAUGGGACGAAACUUAUCGUACUAAAGUCCAUACAUUUAUUAAAUUUCCUAUGGAAUCAUUAGAUAUGUCUAAAUAUUUGGAUGAUGAAAUGAAAACAGUAUUUGUUAAAGAACCUUCAUACAUGUUUGACUUAGUUGCAGUUGUUGUACAUGAUGGAGAAGGAGGAGGAUCUGGGCAUUAUACUUCUUAUGCUUUAGAUGAUAAAGAAGAUCAAUGGUAUGAAUAUAAUGAUGAAAAAGUACACGAAGUUGAUGCGUCUUUGGUAGAAAAUGUUCAAGCUUAUAUGUUAUUUUAUAUUAAGAGGGAAAUGAGAAUUAACUUUUCUUAGCAAUUACUUGAAGGAUAAUUUGGACAGCUGUAAUUUGAGUAUCAACAUCUCAUUUGUCCUAAUUAUAUCCUUUGAUUGUUUAUAAAAGAAUAUCUAUUUAAAAAUAAUUUAAACAGUAUUCUUAUUGUAUGUUUUUAUGCUUAAAAUGUCA